UCGUGAUGAAUUGAUAAGUUAUGUGAGCCCUUCCUUGAACCUUUGUGGAAAUUAUCAGGAAAUGAUAAAAACAAUGAACUGAAAAAUUUAUUCUGCUACAAGUAAUAAAGUAAUCAUAAUGUGGAUUCCAUUGAAGACUCCAAAACUCGGAGUCGCUGUCUACAACUGGAAGGGAGAUGUAAAGGCUGGAUUACCUCUAGAAAUUGGAGAAACAGUACAAAUUUUAGAAGAAAAUGGAGGAUGGCAUAGGGGAUUCAGUACAAAGAACAGAUCUGCAUGGGGUAUAUUUCCUGCUUGUGUGGUGACUCUCAGGCCCUGUACAAUCAAAGGGUCGGGCUCUUCAUGUAUUGCCGAGCUAAAAGAUGACCCUCUUGUAAGAGAGAUAGCAUGUGUGCUAAGAGAGUGGGCCCGGUUGUGGAAGAAACUCUAUGUUGAGCGUGAAACAUACAGAUUUAGUGCAGUGGCAAAAGUUAUGCGCGAGUUGCUGAGCGGAAGGCGUGCCCUACUAACAGGCACCCUAACCCAAGACCAAACUAGGGCAUUAAGGCUGAAGCUUGUUGAGAAACUUGACUGGGGGAAUAGAAAAUUGGCACUUGAACUGGUGCCGAGACGAGGCGCUGAGGCAGUCGACCCUGAAGAUAUUAGUCUGGUGGAGCUGUACAGAGUCCACGUGGAGAGUGCCGAAAGAGCUGCAGCAUGGAGAGGCACACUGCGUCGCGCCGGCGGCUCUGGAAGUAUCAACUCUGGCAGUCUCACGAACGCCAUACAAACGCCGACGGUUCAGUCUCACUACCUGAUGUGCAGCAUGAGAGACUUCGGCCACACGGCCGGCGGUGACGAGGCGGAACUACUGCUGUGGCUUCACGACGCCAGGAGAGCGCAGCCACUCUCCGAGCGGUUCAGGGUCAGAAUAGCGAGGGACGGCUUCUCCAACUACAUUGAUAGGUUGCAUGCGAACAGUACUCUUUUUGCGGAUCUAUCUGCGACGGAUCUGUCAAGAGAACUAUGGCUGGUGGCGUGGGUAAUACGUGUGGGUCGUUGGUCUGGUGGCGGCAAUAGUGGGAGUGGCACGGGAGAACGAAGAGGUCCAGUUGCAAGAAGGCCUCUGGGUGCCGGAGUGUUGCCGGUAGCGGAUUUCCUUAGACAGAACGAUCAACAAACAAUGGAAAAGGAGUAUACCUUCAAGGUUUACCAGUGUGAAGAGAAAGAUUUCCAUCAACUACACGACAUGUUGAUACGCAAGCAAACCAAUAAGUGUAACAUUUUGCCAGGCCAACCUAAUUAUGGAAUCGUAGUUGCCCUAAAGCUUCUAACAAACAGUGGCAGUAUUUCGGAGGCAGUAGCUUCCGGAGCUACGGUGACGGCUAAACGUGGCUUUCCUGACGUCAUCAUGCCUGGUGACGUCAGAAACGACCUCUACUUGACACUGGAACGGGCAGAGUUUGAGCGGGGCGGCAAGAGUACCGCAAAGAAUGUUCUAGCAACAGUUACCGUGCACGAUGGAAGCGGGCAAGCUAUUAAUGAUUGCGUGUGGGGCGCGAGUGGAGCGGGCGCCACGUCGUACGAGUCGCUGGUGUUGUACCACAACAACAGCCCCGCGUGGGGCGAACAGCUGCGACUCACUGUGCCGCUUGACACCUUCACACACGCUCACGUGCGCAUCGAGUUCCGACACUGCUCCACUCGAGAUAAGAACGAGAGGAAACUCUUCGGUUUUGCGUUCGCUCGUCUCAUGGAGCCGAGCGGCGCGACGCUCAGAGACGGUGCGCACGAGUUAUACGUGUACAAAUGUGACGACUCUAGCAAAUUGACAUCGGGUAGUUAUCUCUCUCUGCCGUCUUGCGCGACGGAUGUCGUUCGGACACCGCCAAGUAAUGGUCUCGUGGCGUCAUUUCCCAGAAGUACUAAAGAGAAUUGUACGAUAAGUACACUUUUGUGUUCUACUAAGCUUACACAAAAUGAGGACCUAUUGGCAUUGCUACAAUGGCGGGCCCACCCAGAGAAAGUACAAGAAACACUUCUGAGAGUGCUUCGAUUGGGCGACGGACUGAGCUGCGAAGAACUCAUCAAAUUCCUUAGAGACGUACUCGACGCACUGUUCGCUUUGUUCUCCACUGAAGAUGGCAAUAGCACGCCACAUUCGGGAACUGUAUUCCUCGUGCUAGUUUCCAUUUGCAGCCUACUUGAUGAGCCUCGAUUCCAACAUUUCAGACCAGUGUUAGAUGUUUAUAUUGAGGAACAUUUUUCCGCUGCGUUGGUUUAUAAAGGUUUGCUAUCAUCGGUCCAGCACUGUGCUGAGUGGGCAGCUGGUGCAGAAGGCCAGGAGCCAAUAAGGAAAUGUUUGCGAUCGCUGGGUGCGGUAUUCCGCCUGGCCGUGCGCUCGCGGUGUCUGUUCGCACGUGCCACGGGCGGUCAGUACGAAGACAGCUUCAGAAGAGACGUCCGGGCAGCACUGCACGCACUGAAAGCUUUAGCGCAACAUCCGCAUAGAGAACACCUGGCGCCGGCGCAAAGUGUGAUAAAGGUGGCGCUGAUGACGUCCUGGGCGAGCGUGGCCAGCGAGGUGUCGUCGGCCCUGGGCGCGGCGGAAGCUGCCCGCGUGUCGGCCGCCAUGUUGGACGCGUUCGCGGCUGGCAUUGGAUGGUGCUUCGCGUGCAGAGCUGUAAAGUUCUACUGUCAGCGUUACAGGACUUGGCGAAACCUCUUCUAG